AUGAUGUGGAACCGAGUAUUCCUUGCAUGGCUUGUUCUGCCCGUGGUUGCGCAGUCCGACCGGGACAGCCGCGAUGUGCUCUGCGUGUAUCCUCUAUCCGGAGUCUAUGCUCCUCUCCAGCGGAUCCUCUUCUAUCUCUUACUGUCAUUCGGGGUCAUCGGUCGCCGCCAGAGAUGGCUCGUAGCUGGAGCCCUGGCAAGCGCCAUGACCUACUGCGGCGCCGCAGCAAUACACUCAAUCCUACUGCUUGCCAAAGCCCGCUCGCCAGUCGUUGAUCUGGAUGUAUACGGUGUCUUCGCUGCAACAUCCACCGGGAUCAUGCUCACAACACCUCUCCUCGCCUGGUCAACGACACUGCAGACCGUGGAGCGAGAGGUCCGGAUGCUCAUCACCCUCUGGACCCUCCUCAUCCUCGUCGGCGCCAUUCUCGCGGUCGCAACGAUCUAUAUCAGGGGAGCAACCAAGAGCCCUCCCUGCUACGACUCUUUAUCGUUAGACAUCCCAUCUACAGCAUCAACAUUGCACAAUGCCACCGCCAACUGCACAUAUGUCUGCUUUCCAGAAGUAUCCCCUCUAGGCCGCUCCCCAGACGACGUCCUCGUCUGGGACAAUAAACUCGCGCGACCUUUUGAUAUCAUCUCUGUUUUCCUCCCAACCAUUGCAGCCGCCGUCCCAGCUGCUUUCAUCGCGUGGACUCAGUAUGUCUACCGCAACGGAGAUUCUUAUCUCAUCCGGCCACCGCCGAUAUUCAGCCGUCUAGAACUUGGGUGGCUCGGGGAGCUACUAUUCGAGAAGCGGCGCGAUCGCAAUCCGUCCUCGAGAACCCACUCAGAACCACCAGAGCUAUCUGAACCAGCCCCAGGCCGCCGUCCAGUGCGGUUUCCCUGGCUCGCUGUGGCAUACCAGUACUACUUCGUGCUCGGCUCGUUCGGCGUCUUCGUGGUGAACCUGGUGAUGAAUGAGGUGCGGUUUCGAGAUCUCCCCGUGGACGAGAUGAUGUAUGAGGUGGACCAGUGGACUUCUUGGGUGGGCGUUGCCUUGAUUCUGCUGGCGCAGGUGCUGAGUCGGUUUUUGAAGCGUUCGAGAGCGGAUACUCUACGGAGUGCAGGUGGUGGAGAGGAACUGCGUAUAUGGGAUCAGGAACGGGGUGAGGGUGAGUAUCGGAAGGAGAUGGGUAUACGGACAGACACAUUUCGCAGUGAGGCCUCGACAUUUCGGAGGAGAAAUAGUCUUUAG